AUGAACUACAAUAAAUUCAUUUUAUUCGGAGAUUCAAUAACUCAAUAUAGUAAUGAAAUAGUUGAUAAUUUUGCUUUACAACCAAGUUUACAAAAUUUAUAUAUUAGAAAAUUAGAUAUCCUUAAUCGUGGAUAUAGUGGAUAUAAUUCCAAACAUGCAAAAUUAAUAUUACCAAAAUUACUUGAAUCGGAGUUUAAUUCUACAAAGGAUAAUAUUAAAUUGAUGACUAUAUUUUUUGGAACAAAUGAUGCUUUUGAGAAUAUUAAUUCAAUACAGCCAGUAAGUUUGGAAGAAUAUAAGAAUAAUAUUGAAUUUUUAGUGAAAACCGUAAUUGGUUAUGGUAUUAAAGUUAUAUUAAUUGGUCCAGGUUUACAUGAUCCUAAAUUAGCAGUAAAAGAGUUUACAAAUUCUGAAAAGAAAAAUUUAGGUAAGGAUGCUACAACAAAUAAAAGACUUUAUCAAUAUUCAAAAGCAGCAAAAUCAGUAGCGAAUGAUUAUGAUAUUCCAUUUAUUGAUCUUUGGGAAGAAUUUAGAAAAGAUGGUGGAUGGACUAAAGAACAAAUAUUUGAAGUGAGUGGAGAUUUAAAUGAAUGGCAAGUUGGAAAUUUUGAAGCUUAUUUGAAUGAUGGAAUUCAUUAUACUCCAAAAGCUUAUAAGAUUUUAUUUAAUGGUAUAUUGGAAGCUAUUAAAACAAAGUAUCCUCAUUUAUUACCGGAAAAUUUACCUACAAAAUUGUCAGAUUGGAAAGAAAUUAAUCCUGAUAAUUUAGAAUCAAUAUUUAAAUAG